CGACACCAGGCUGUGGGUGUCAUACCGCUUCGACCAAAGAGGGGCACUAUAUUAACGAAAACGUAAAGUUCCGCAUAGCUGCUUUAAUAAAAAGAAGACAGAAGUUAACUCAAAAUAUAGCUGGCAUGAGUGCCACAAAUGUGGAAAAACAAUGGUCAGACGUAGACUCCCCGCUACCACCCCUUAAAAUCUUUCACUGUGACCAUUCAUUAAAUUGCUUUAAAAUGUUUUCAACUUUAUUUCCAGCAUAUGCUGUAUUUGAAGGUGAACAUAACCCAUCAACGUCCCCUGCUGAGGGUUCCUCACCUGUCUCGAAGACACGCACAAUGCCAAAGAGGAGAGCCACAUCCUCUGCUGAGGGUCCCUCACGUGUCUCCAAAACACGCAGAAUGCCAAACAGGAGAGCCAAGUUCACCUCACCAAAAACUAUACGUUCAAAGAGAACUCGCGCCGCUGAAACACCUGAACAGCAUGCAGAGCGACAGCGUGCCAAUACAGCUGCCCAGCAACGAGCUCGCGCCGCUGAAACACCUGCGCAGCGUGCAGAGCGACAGCGUGCCGACACAGCUGCCCAUCAACGAGCUCGCGCCGCUGAAACACCUGCGCAGCGUGCAGAGCGACAGCGUGCCAACACAGCUGCCCAUCAACGAGCUCGCGCCGCUGAAACACCUGCGCAGCGUGCAGAGCGACAGCGUGCCAACACAGCUGCCCAUCAACGAGCUCGCGCCGCUGAAACACCUGCGCAGCGUGCAGAGCGACAGCGUGCCAACACAGCUGCCCAUCAACGAGCUCGCGCCGCUGAAACACCUGCGCAGCGUGCAGAGCGACAGCGUGCCAACACAGCUGCCCAUCAACGAGCUCGCGCCGCUGAAACACCUGCGCAGCGUGCAGAGCGACAGCGUGCCAACACAGCUGCCCAUCAACGAGCUCGCGCCGCUGAAACACCUGCGCAGCGUGCAGAGCGACAGCGUGCCAACACAGCUGCCCAUCAACGAGCUCGCGCCGCUGAAACACCUGCGCAGCGUGCAGAGCGACAGCGUGCCAACACAGCUGCCCAUCAACGAGCUCGCGCCGCUGAAACACCUGCGCAGCGUGCAGAGCGACAGCAUGCCAACACAGCUGCCCAUCAAAGAGCUUGUGCCACAGAAAAACCUGUGCAGCGUGCAGAGCGACAGCGUGCUGAUGCUAUUGCACACCGAACAGCACUCUACCAUCAAAGGUUGGCUUUAGCAAGAGGACAUAAACGCUGUGCAGCCUGUGCUGAUGUUAUUCAGUACUUUGAUGAAACACUGUAUGUUGAUGUCACACACACUCAGCAAAGUCAGUCUCUUUCAAUGUCCUAAGUGCUCUUUCUGUGGUGCAUAUUGUUGGAAAGAGGAAAGAAAGAGAUUCUGCUGUUCCAACGGUCGUGUCGAUCUCCACUAUGACCCUGACAACCCUCAACCAGGCUCAAUCCCUCCAAAACCCCCAGAGGCAAUCGGAUUGUUACUUGAAAACCCUGUCUUUGUGAAGGAUGCCAGAAAUUACAAUAAUGCCCUGUCAAUGGCCUCUAUUGGUAUGUCAGAAAUCUGUCCAUCAGGAGGUGGCUUCAAUCCAGGGGUGCGUAUUCAAGGAAAAGAACAUCAUUUCAUUGGCCCCCUACUUCCUGACGCAGAUUCAGCAGUCCCCUGUUUCGCACAACUUUAUGUCUACGAUCCACAUAUGAAAAUCUAUCUAAGUGACAAAGCCCCUCGCAACAUCCAUCCAGGUUUGUACCCAACACCCGAGUCACCUAAUAGCAAACAGUGUUCCCAGAAAUAGCAAUUGCACACUUGCAUUCCUGACACUUUGGUCUCUACUGCAUUCUGGCCAUAGAAAUCAUAAAUGAAUAACAGCUCCCAUACAGUGCCCUCCCUACAAACCUUCACCUUCACAAACAAACUGCUUCUGGAAAAAUACUUCCUGUGCUCUAUUUGACGUGCUUUUAUGCUUUUAUAAAAUACUAAAUUAAAUAAAUAAGAGAACCAGUGUAACAACAUCCUCUCUUUGAAAUGUCACAUUUCCCCAUACUUUUUAGUGUAUGCUUACAAUUACCUCUUUUCUAUAUUCUGUACAAAAGCUAUUCUCAAGGACCCUCAAAAUGCACAUCACUAAGCUCUGAUUCAAUAUUUUUUAUGUGAUUAAACACCCUUUCCCCACCUUGAUCAUCAAUUGUGUAACUUAAUCUUUACUCAUUUCAGGAAUACUUUUCAUCAAAACACAUUCUCCGCCCGCAGGUACCGUCAACCUCCCAACUGUGUCAGAUAUUGCUGUGAUUCUACCAGGUACAACUGACAGCCAGCAGUUUGGAAAUUCAGGACUCCCUGCUACCAAACCAACAACCACACGAUCGUCCAGACAUCGUUGCAAGGGUCUUCUACAUGAAGUGGGAGGCUCUGCUCCAUGACAUGCUGAAAAACUGCCAUGUCUGACAGCUCCUACCCUUUAUAUAGAUGCUGAGAAGACACACAUGGAGCACCAGGCCAUUCAUUUUCAAAGACUCUGCGUGGUGAUGUAGAAGCAACUGUCACAAAUCAGUGGGUUGUUCCAUUCAACCCAUACCUGUGUCUCAGAUAUGAUGCCCACAUCAUUGUCGAGGUGGUGUGCUCGGUAGCCUCUGUCAAGUAUCUCAACAAAUACCUCGACAAAGGCCCCGACAGAUGCAUGCUCUACGUUGGAGGCCCAGAGCAGAACAUUGAGCAUGAUGAAAUUGAAAGAUACCAGGUGGGUCGCUACAUCAGUGUGUCCCAUCCAGAAAAAAUAUCCACCUGUUGAGCUGUUGACCAUUCAUCUGGAAGGAGACAAAAUCAUCACCUUCAAUAAUGAUGAAGAAGCUCAUGCUGUCAUUGCGUCAGGUCCGCCACGUACAACCCUCACAGCCUGCUUUACAGCAAUGCAGCAGAAUGCUGAUAAGAGACCCAUCACAUACCCAGACAUCUUCAAGCAUUUCUCCUUUGACAACAAAAGCAAGACACUCAAGCGCAGUAAAAACAGACUGAGUCAUGGUCAUGAUGCAGAGCAGCUGGCUGACACUAUUGGUUGCAUUCCUGUACUUGCCUUCACACCUCAUAACAGUGACCUAUACUUCAUGCGCAUGUUGCUCUACCAUGUUCCUGGCCCAACCUGCUACAAGGACCUUCGCACAUUCAAUUGCGUUGUGCAUGACACAUACAUGGCAGCAUGCCUGGCAAGAGGCAUAUGUGAAAAUGACCAUGAACUGGUCAUGUCUUGAAGAAGGCUACAUUCAAUUCUGGCAACGACACAAACUUGCCAUGUAAGAGGACCUCAUACAUGCUGCUGGGCUAAACGAGCCAGAUGACAACAUCAUCAACCAGGUGUUGUUGGAGCUCCAGGAUCAUGUUGAGCGACGUGGAUUUCACCUCGCUCUUAAGUUCAAUCUCCCUCUGCCAAAUCCUGCUCUCAUUCAACCAUGCAUUCCCCAAGCCAUCAGACACGAAACACAACACAAUGUUCCGGGCCUACAGAGCUACAUUGACAAUAGAAACACCUUCUAAAUGAGGAACGGAGAGCAGUAGCAGACCAUGUCCUUAACAGCAUCAGCCAUGACCUUGGCCGGCUUAUUGGUCUUGAUGCAAGUGGCGGUACAGGGAAGACAUUAACACUUAGUUUCAUCCUUGCAUCUGAGUGUGCUGAUGGAAGAGUAGCCCUUGCAACAGCCUCAAGUGGCAUUGCAGCAACAUUACUUCCAAAAGGAACCACCUUUCACAGCCACACUAAGUGCCCGAUUCUACUCACUGAGGAGUCAACAUGUGCUAUCAGCGAAAACGACACUUCAGCACAGCUGAUCCGUAUGUGCUCCCUAUUGGUAAUUGAUGAGGUGUCCAUGAUGGAUCGUCAUGCUGUCGCAACGACAGAUCGCACAUUCUGAUGGCUCAGGAAAUGUGACUCUCCAUUUGGAGGUAUUACCACCAUCUUCAGUGGAGACUGGUGCCAGAUACUACCAGUCGUUCGCCAUGGCACAUGACCUCAGAUCAUUUCAAGAUGCCUGAAGAGCUGCCAUCUCUGGAAGCAUGUUGAAAUCAUGCAACUCAAAAACGACAUGCUGAUCACCCGUGCAGCAGCAAGCAUGACAGACGACGCUUCAUUCAGCCAGUCCCUACUCAAUCUGGGAGAAGGGAAGAUCCCUACAGUUCCAGACAAGGGAGAGUUUGCUGUCACAAUAAACGCUCAUGCCAGGAACAACUCUGCAGGAACUGGUCAACUGGGUAUUUGAAAACCUUGACCAAAACAUUCACAACCAUCAAUGGCUGUUUGAAAGAGCAAUCCUGUGCCCCACUAAUGCUGAGGUGGACGCGGCCAGUCAAUACAUCGCCAACAAAUUCCCUGGUGAGGAGCACACUCUCCACAGUGUGGAUACCAUCGGCCCAAAUGACAGCCACAUGUACCCAGUGGAAUUCCUCAACACACUCUGCCCAUCAGGCAUGCCACCACAUCGCCUGUCACUGAAGAUUGGCAUGAUCAUAAUGCUACUGCAAAAUAUAGAUCAAACCAAUGGCCACUGCAAUGGCUCACGGUACAUCCUGAAGCAAAUCCUCCCUCACCUACUGGUAGCACAGCUGGUCUCUGGGACUCUCACAGGCACCCAGCUGCUCAUCCCUAGGAUUUCAAUCUCACCUUCAGACAAUAUUUUCCCCUUCACUCUGGUGCGCAAGCAGUUUCCCGUCCGACCAUGCUUUGCCAUGACUGUGAACAAGUCACAAGUUCAGUCACUGUCACGCGUGGGUGUCUACUCUGUGAAAGACUUCUUUUUACAUGGACAAUUCUAUGUUGAGGCAAGCAGGGUUGGCAACCCCCUGCAACUCAGAAUCUUGACAAUCAAUGAAGAGGACCACACCAAACGGACUGAGAUGAACAAUGUCAUCCACAAAGAAAUAUUAAUACAUACAUAAACCCAAUGCCUAAUGGCCCCACAACAUUUACAGGUACGCCGUAUGCAACCUGCAGAUGCACAAACCAUGACCAAACAACUCCAAAAAUCGGUUCGCUCUCUGUUCUAAACAAACAUUCAGGCCCAGGAUAUCACUUUUAUUUAACAUCUGUAAACCUUUACCCUUAAUAAAACAGAUUCUACCACAUA